AUGAUCCCUGUGAUCCAUCCAAUAUACCUCUUGCUGAAUGCCCCCUCUAUCUCAGCAAAAUUGCAGUCUUCAACUCAGCAUCAUCAUGAUUUUAUGCGCCAAGCGAUUUGAGUGGUAUUGGUGGCAUGUGCACUGAACACAUCCGCUCUUGUCCCUCCUGGCGAAGUGGGCAUUCACACAACGACUGUGUCUUUGUCAGCACAGACUCUAGUCUACCUGGCAUUCAAGGUCUCGAAUGGGGCGAAGUGUAUCCCUGUGUUGUGGUUCACUGGUUUGACAAAAUCGGCAAUGCUGCAGACGAAGACAUGGGAAUGUGGGUGGUUUGUCCAGGAGAGGGUGCAAACAAUAUUGCUGAGUACACGAUCAUUCAUAUUGACACCGUUUAUUGCGCUGCACAUCUGAUUCCCGUGUAUGGCACAGAAUUUCUGCCUCCAGAGCUCAAAUUUUAUCAUUCCUAUGAUGCAUUCCACACCUACUACAUGAAUAAAUAUGCUGACCAUCAUGUCUUUGAGAUUGCAUUUUGAUCUAGCUACUUGUACACCAUUUGAAUUUAUAAUACUAUUUUCUUUCUUAAUAUGUAUUUUCUCUCCUUUGUGUGGCAAACCCAA